GCGGCUCCGUGGCGGCCGGGGCUGGCCGGCGCCGCUCGCAGGAGGCAGCGGCCCAGAGCUGCGCUGCCCGGGUGGGAGGAGAAGCUCGGGGUGUCCCCUGCUCUGAGCGCCACAGCUCCCUGCAGCCCCCGGGCAAACCCGGCUGCCUGGCACGGGGCCCGUGAGCUUCCCCCAUGGGCUGGUUUCAGCGGUGCUGGGCACACGCAGCUCCCCGAAGCCGUGAGCAGUCUUCUUGAGAGCACUGUUGGAGAAGAAGGCUCCAGUCAACGAUGGCUGCUGAGUUGGAUUUCUCCCCACCUGAAAUCCCUGAGCCCACAUUCAUGGAGAAUGUGCUACGCUAUGGACUCUUCUUUGGAGCCAUUUUCCAGCUUAUCUGUGUGCUUGCCAUAAUCCUGCCAGUUCCCAAGUCCCACAAAACAGACUCGGACAGCUUUGAGCCCAAGAAUUCAGAGACAGUGAAGAAGCCAAAGGCAACUGCUCCACAGAUAAGCAAGAAACCCAAGAAGGAAACCAAAAAGAAACGAUAAAGACAUGAGCAAUGAUGCUCAGAAGAUAAAACAAUCCCUGAUAAUCAUGCUUCCUCGAGAUGACAUCAAAGGCCACUCACUGCAUUAGAUGGGUUUCUGGCAUUGCCACACUUCACCUUUCAGGGACAAGGGAGAAGGAACUUUAAGAGUGGAAGGGGUGGGGGUCUGCCAUAGAUUUCUUAACAAGCAAAGAGGAUUUCACAUGACUGGGACUUCAUUUGACAUGAUUCAUGUGUCAGUCGCCAUUAAAGUGACUCCUGUCAUUUCUGGUGGGUAGAGAGGCUGCUGUCCUGGCUCCUCCAUGCUGGCUGGGCUUUGUGCCAGCGUCCCUGUGGAGCUGGAGCAGGACUUUGCUGCUUUGGAUACCAGGUUGUGUUGGAUUUUUUGAAGGCAGAGGGAUCAAAUGGAUCAAGGACACCACACUCCCCAGCUUUGUAUUCAUCUCUGUUGUCUGAAAUACACAGCUGCAUUUUAUGGCUUCAUAAUAA